AUGUAUUGCUUGCUUGCUUUUUCUUUUCUUGUAGAGAAAAAAAGAAAAGAAAAUAUGAAUCCGGCUCGUCGUAUUCUUCUUUGUCUCAUUGUUUUUUUCUUCGUCGUUGUUCUAUCGAAAGCUUCAAGAAUCCACGUCGUCGAGAGACGAGGCUUCUUCUCCUUUAAACGGCCUUCUACUCGUGAUGAUAACAGAGUUUUUAUCCCUUCUCAACCUACUCUACCACCGGUCGUUGGCGCCGGAGACAUCCUACCGGAGAAAAGGAAGGUGAAGACGGGAUCAAAUCCUUUGCACAACAAGCGAUGAGGAACAACAACAACAACAAAACUCAGCUAAUUUAUUAGUUUUUUUUCUAAACUCUCUCUCUCUCUCUCUCCUGUUUUUGUUUAUCUUAACUAAACCACAGAGAUAUAUCACAUAUGUAUAUCUAGUUACACGAAUAUUUAUGUAGGAUUAAUCCAAUUCUUUUUGUUCCAUUCUCUUCUCAA